AUGAUGAAAUUUAUCACUUAUUUUCUUGCUCAAAUUGGACCGAAUUCAGAAUAUACUUGGACACGUUUAAUCUAUAGUGCACUUAAAGCUCCUACAUAUCAUCUUUAUUUUGAAUUAUUUUUAAUUAUUGGAAUUGUAUGGCUUUUAUUUAAACAAAGUUAUCGUAUCAAUGAUGUGAUAAAUUUAAGUAUUGAAGAAAAAAAUCAACUUAUUACUGAUUGGAAACCUGAUAGUUUAGUUCCAAAAGAUUGGAAACCAUCAAAAUAUCUUUUAAAACAAUUUCAUAGAUAUGCAUAUAGUCGACUUGGCAAAUAUAUCAAUUUCAAUCCAACAGGAGGAAAAGAAGAGAAUGAAACUCAUGAAAAGAUGAUCAACUGUAGAAACCAUCUUAAUUUUGCAACAUUGAAUUUUCUAAAUUUCAUUGAAGAUUCAGAUUUGUCUACUGCUGCUAUUGAACAAAUGAAAAAGUAUGGUGUUGGUUCAUGUGGGCCAAGAGGAUUUUAUGGUACAUUUGAUGUUCACUUAGAACUAGAAAAGAAAUUGGCUGAAUUUCUUAGUGUAGAAAAAGCUGUAAUCUAUUCAUAUGGAGCUGCUACAUUCUCUAGUGCUAUCCCAUCUUAUUCUAAGCGAACUGAUGUGAUAUUUGCUGAUGAAGGCAUUAGUCAUACUGCUUAUCAAGGUUUAAUAGCAUCUAGAAGUCAUGUUAAAUUUUUUCAUCAUAAUAAUAUGGAUCAUUUAGAACAAUUGUUAAUAGUACAGGCAAAAAAAGAUGAAGAAGAUCCUAAACGUGCAUUAUUAACACGUCGAUUUUUUGUUGUUGACGGUUUAUACUUGAAUUAUGGUGAUAUUUGUCCUUUACCAGAGCUUAUUGCUUUAAAGUACAAGUAUAAAGUUCGUAUACUGUUAGAUGAAACAAUGUCAUUCGGUGUAUUGGGUAAAACAGGUAAAGGUGUCACAGAAUACUACGGUGUUGAUAUAGAAGAUAUUGAUUUAAUUUCAGGUUCGUUGGAAACUGCCUUAGGAGUAUGCGGUGGAUUUUGUGCUGGAUCUCAAUUUGUUGUCGGACAUCAAGAACUCUCAGGACAAGGUUAUUGUUUUUCAGCUUCACUACCACCUAUGUUAGCUUCAGCUGCAUGCAAAGCAGUUUGUAAACUUCAAUCAUCUCUAGAAAAUGGUAAACGUAAUAAGCGUUUAUUGGAGUUGUCCAGGUUAACAGACAAUUUAUUCCAUUCUAAUACUAAGUUAACCAGCAUUUGGAAGUUAUACGGUCAUCCAGACAGUCCAUUAAAACACUUAAGAUUAAGAGAGAAUAAUACAAUUUACAAACUUGAGGCUAUUGUACAAGCUGCUUUUGAUUGGGCUGACGAACGUAACUCGGAAGCACCUCCAAUAUUGCUAACAGUUGCAAGAUAUACACAUAACACCAAUUACAGUAACCCACCACCAAGUAUACGUAUUGCAUUGAAUUGUGAUUUAACUGACGAUGAGGUGCAUCAUCUAUUCUACGUUCUCUCAUCAAUCAUUACUGCUUGA